AUGCAAGGUAAGGUCCGAAAACUAUAUUUUUAUCAUCAAAAUUGUAAUCAAAUAAUUUAACGCCCACGCUUGACUUCAUAUGAAUAAGUAUGCUAAAUUUGAAUGGUGUUGACAUAUAUUAAUAUUAAUGUAUAUUUAUAGUCAAGGGCAUCGGAUUUCACCUCAUUUGUUUUGUAAUUAUUUUAAGCAGACUCGUAUUACAAUGAAGAAACCAGAGCGACUGUAUCAAGCCCUCGAUCAAGUCCGUCUAGAAUAAGUAAAAGCAAGAAAAGGCAAGGUCCUAGAUUUACCCCAAGUCCUGGUUACCGAAAAUCUAAAAGGAAAAUUGUGACCUCUUCAGGUAGUAUUAUAUUUUAUUAUAUAUUAUAAUGUUAACAUUGUUGUCAUUGCAUAUCUGCAUAUCCGCAAUGAUCGAUUAUUAUAAAUGAACUUUUGUGGCACAGUCUAUAUUUUGUCGCACAUGUUUAUUAUGAAUCACUGCACAAUUUCUGGCACAAUCAUUUCAUGAAACCUAACACAUUAAAUGUUCAAUCCACGUUGUACAUUUGAAAUGGAUUAGUUUUAUGACAUUAAGUAAAUAAGAAAUCUGUUUUCAAUAAAGUGCAAAGAAACACAACAUCAUUAUUGAUAAAUAAACUUGAUUGGAUCAGUGGUGGAUCCAGGAGGGUUUUUUUUUUUGGGGGGGGUGCUGGCCCUGCUAUGUGAGCUGCGGGUGGCCAUUGAGCUGAUACAAUAUAAAUUAUAACGAUGGAUGUUUACAGCAAAAUUCAGAAUAUUUAAUAUUAAUAUUUGCUAUUGUGAACUAGUGCUACCAGCUGCCUUGAAUUCUUAACUUAAGUUGGUUAGAAUUAGAAUAAACUUAGGAUAAAGAGGGGGUGCACACCCCCCUGCAACCCUACCACUAAAUCCACCACAACGAACUCCAAGUCAUCAAUAGAUCUGAUGUAUAAUUAUAUUUCUUACAUUCAUCCUCAAUUUAUUUCAAAUGAACCUGCUUCAUUCCACCAUGUUAUGGGGGUUAUUAUGCCAAUUGGCUCAAAAUUUAAACAGGUUUUAUUUUGUACACAUUAUUUUUUGUAUUCAUUAAAUUUCAAUAUUUUCUCUAUUGUAUAGUUAGUUUAUUUGAUGCUGUCAAGAGGAAUUUUGUUUUUCAAAUUGGUAAUUGUAUACCUCAGACAGAAGUGGAGCUUCAGCUAGAAAAAGUUGUUGGUCAUAAGAUCACUAAACAUAAAAUAUUUGAUGCUGUGCAAACACUCGGUAAAAUUGAAAAGAAGACAAUCCGUGUUGGUGACCAAAAGGAUGGAUGUGACAAUAGAAAAAGAUUGUAUCCUAGCUAUAAUAUAAUACAUUUGUUGAACUGUAAUAUUACGUCACACACUUGCACUUUCUUAAUUUACUUUAUUAAAUUAACUUCUUUUAAAUUAAUUAAUUAAUUAGUCAUAGUUAAUAUAGUGUACAACUUUCUGCUGAUUUCCUUAACAACCUAAUAUAGAACUGUCUUGGUGAACAUCUCAAGAAUAUCAAAACAAUCUGCUUCUCAUAUAUGGCAUAAUAUUUAUGGCUCUCUUGCACAAAUUCAACCAAAUUUGGGUGAUGACAUAGUAACAGCUAUUCAACAAACUGUUUUGGAAAAUGUUACACCACUCAUUGAAGAAAAUUUUGAUUUAAAGCAACAAUUAAUGUUUUCUGCCAAAGAGGAUUCAGCAACAAACAUGAAAAAUGGAAAAGCAAAGUCCAUUAAACGAAAUUUAUUUUCUGAUAGUGACAAAACACAUGAUACUGAUGACCACUGUGACUCAACUGGCAAUAGCAAAGAGCAUAAGCCGCCGUCCCACAAUGAUCAGGACCAAUUAAAAUUUGAUAAGCAAGCCCUGGAAGUAGAACUUCUGGAAUUUCAGAAGAUAUGUCAAUUUACAGUCGUGGAUAUGACAGAAAGUGAAGAUUUAAACUUUAUAUUCGGAGAAGGAACGUUUGACCAAAUAGCUAUUAAAGUACGUGAAUAUUGUCCACUACUGACUGAGAUUGUGGAGACCCUUGCAGUCGGUAAAUGGUCAAAGUACAAUAAGUGUAAGAAGACUGUCUCGUACAAAUUCAAAGCUGCCCUUCAAAUGGUCCUUGCAUUGGAUGACAUUAAAAGCCAAAGAACAACCACUGCCUUUUCAACACUGUUUGGACUACUGCUGAUUUCAUAUGGUGCUGGAAAAGUUGUACUGCGGACUUUAGAACCUUUUGGUCUGUGCAAAAGUUAUGAUUUCUAGUAAGUAAUUGCAUUAAUUCAAUAUUUAACAUAUGGCCACCUCUUUGUACAGAUAGUCAGCCCGCAAGUAAAAGAAUAAAGUAGUGUAAGGCACAUUGCUUGAACUGUCAAUUUGAUAGGUUAAAUUGUUGCAAUGUAAAACUUCUGUUUUUAGAGGGGUUUUUACUGAGUACUCCAGUUUUUCUCCCUUAUUAAUAAAACCAACAUAAGAUCUUAUCUGUGAUUCGAACUGUGAAAUGGCAGUUGCCUGUAGCGCCUUUGAUAUGCCUUGACAAGGGAUAGUGAUUAGCUACCUGAUUCUUCUUUCUUUCCUAGUGUAAUGCACAUACCUAUUGUUGUAAAUUGUAUUUGAGGGAUAUUUUAAUAAAUUAAUAAGAUAUAUUAUCUUUUUGGCAGUCUUAGUUUUCUGGACAAAAGAAAAGACAAGUACAAAGAUAUUGCAGCUAAAUCAUUUCCUGACAAUUGUCCAGUCAUUGUUGCAUAUGAUAACAUUAAUAUCCACAAAGGACAAGCUCGCCACACAAGAAUCAAAGAAAGAACAGUUCCCAUUAUGUGGAAUUUCACUGGCAAAGCAGUCAUUAAACCUAUUGUUGAAAAUGUAAAGAGUUUAUUUGAUAACAGUAAAACUGCUUCAGAAUCCCAAAAAGAGCUUAAGGAUGUCACAGUAGAAGAUGUUAUUAUGCUUGGUAAGGUAUACAGCUAAUUCAAUUAAGAUUGUCAAGAAUGAUGGGAAUAAUCAUAGUUUUGAAUAAUUUUAACACAAUAUUUAUAAAACAAUACUAUAUAUUACUAUGCAGUGUUUUAUUUGGUAAUGGAAUCUUCUGGUGGUUCCAUUGGCAUUACCAGAUGAAAUGGUACACCUUCAAGUGGUUCAUGAUUUCCAUUAGGGACCAUUCAGAAAGGACGUCCGGCCAAAUGAUGGAUUUUCAGACCCCCCCCUCUUGUCCGGCAUUGUCCGAAUUAGUAACUGCCCGCCUCCCCCUGAUCCGCCAUGCCUGGCAAAAACUCACGCAACCUUGUAUGUGUCAAGAGUAAAAAACUUUUUUCACUUUUAGAACUUUUUUAUAACUAUAAAAGUAUAUAUGUGAAUACAAAAACAUAUAAAUUACUAAUUAAAACAAAAUAUAGUAUUAACCGCAAGUCAAAACGCCAAUUUCACAGUGGGAGCGAGAGUUCAAAAUAGAGGAAAAAGAAAUUUGUUUUUGAAUUUUUUGAAAUUUCGGACAUCCGGAUUGCUACCCCCACUCCCCCCUCUCCCCUCUCUAUGUCCGAGAUUGUCCUGAUUUUCCAAACCCCCCUCCCCCCUCGGCUCGGACAUCCUUUGUGAAUGGCCCCUACCAGAUGAAAUGCUAAUGAGGAGUGAUGGUAAGUUUGAGGUUAACAGAAAACUGCAUGCAAGGGAUGUUGGAUUAUUGCCUAUUUUAUAGACCCUUAAACUUGCAAAUUUUGCUUUGUACAGUAAGAAUACGUAAGGCAUACAGUAUAGACGACUUACAACAGAAAACUUGCUGCAAAGCAAUUUCCUAAGUUUAAGGGCCUAUCAACUUGCAACUUAAUGGCAUGUCAACCUAACCAACAUAAUACAUUUCGGUAUAAUUUAUUGACUAUAUGUAAUUUUUUAACAUUUUUGCUGGAUUUAAACAAAAUAAAUGGUAUGUACUACCAUAUUAAACAAGGCAUUUUCAUUACAGAAAACCACAAAGAGUUAUUGGCUAUACAUAAUGAAGGGACGGACAGGAUUUUGCUUGAAGGUCUAAAACUGGGUAUAUCUCUAAAUAAAAGCAAGGAACAACUUUUAAGCAUGUCUGAGAAAGAUCUGAUGGACUACCUGAAGAAAGAAGAAUAUUAUAAAGAGAAAAAUGACAUUGAAAUAUCUGUGCCUCUUGUGCAACCAGAAUAUCCCGAAAUUUCAAGCGUAAAAACACAAGUUAUGAUAUUGCCAUUAUCUUUGGAAGACGAGGUUCAAACGUGUGGGACAGCAAAUGUUCUGAAAGAAUUUGCCAAAGAUUUGAACAUUAAAUGCUCGAAGAAUACAGAAUAUAUUGUAUUCAAUGAGAAAAAUAAUAAAUUUGACAUUAAAGCAGCAAGAGAAAGAUAUAUUUUCUACAAAGAAAUGGAACAACAUCAAAACGACAUGAUUUCGUUGAAACAGCAAUUUGUGUCGCAUCGAUCUUUUCCUAAACAUGAUGACAAUCAUAGCGGUAGUGACGAUCUGGAGGAUAAUCUCAUCGGUGUACAAUCUGAAAAGUUGGCAUCGAGUUUCAAAACUAAAAUGAAACAGAUUUCAUCACACAUGUCAAAACUUUUGAAGAAGAUGAAGUUGCUAGUGCAAGAUAAGAAUAUUUCUGAUGCGUAUUCGGCAGUAAAACUUCAUAUUUCAGAGUGGAUAGGGCAGGUAGAUGGAUACGAGUGCAACCUCUUUCACAUGGCUGUUGAGACUGAAAACAAAAAGCUGGUAGAGGCUCUCUUACUUUCCGGAGCUCCAGUAAACUCUUUAGAAGGAUGCGGAUUAACACCCUUGAUGAUAGCAAUAAAUACCAAUAAUCUCGAUUUGGUGAAGAUAUUAAUUCGGUAAGUCACUUUACCAUGUAAAUGUAUAAUAAGGUUUUUUAGACUGUCUAUACAGUGUCUAUACAGUUCUAAAAUAAGGAAAUGUCUUGAGAGUGUAACUCUGUGUGAAAUUAAUAGUUUGAAUCCAUGGUAACUCGUUCAAGAGGAAAAAGUUAUUAUAUAUACAGGAUGCAUAUGUACUGUAACUGCAAAACGUCAGAGUGCUAAAGAAACUAUGUAUAGAUGUGAAACUAAGGGGCCAUUCACAAAGGAUGUCCGGCCAAAUGAUGGAUUUUCAGACCCCCCCCCCCUCCCCGCCUUAUCCGGCAUUGUCCGAAUUAGUGAACCCCCUUCCCCCGGACAUCUGCCAACUCACGCAACCUUGUAUAUAUCAGGAGUAAAAAACUUUUUUUACUUUUAGAACUUUUUUAUAACUAUAAAUGUGAACACAAAAACAUAUAAAUUACUAAUUAAAACAAAAUCUAGUGUUAACCGCAUAGUCAAAAUGCCAAUUUCACAAUGGGAAGGACUGCUCAAAAUAGAGGGAAAAAGAAAUUUGUUUUUGAUUUUUUUUAAAUUUCGGACAUCCGGAUUGCUAAAAACCCCCCUCCCCCCCUAUGUCCGAGUUUGUCCUGAUUUUCCAAACCCCCCUCCCCUCGGACAUCCUUUGUGAAUGGCCCCUAACCUUAUUCUGCAACUACCAUUUAUAUAGAUAUGGUGCAAGGUGUGACGGAACAUUUCCUGGGAACAUACCAUCACCUCUUCAGAUUGCUGAAUCAAUAAAGGAUGAAUCAAUUUACAAUUGCAUAAUUGAACACAUUCAAGAAAAAAAUACCAUUACUGCUUCUGUUUUUGAACUACUUGACGAACAUGUUGACACUGCUGAACAACUGUCCGAGCAUGCUAACACCUCAUCAAAUGCAGAAGAUACAACAGCAGCAAAGCGUCCGUUGAGAGAUCAUGUUAUAACUGUGGGAGAUGUUAAAACCACUAUGACUAUUAGAGGGGUAAGAAAUAGAUCUCCUGAUGAAUUUGGUUCUUUCACAAAAGCGCCGGGUGAUUUCCACACACAAGGAUAUAUUACGCAGUGCAUAGCAAGAAUAAUGGGACCUGGUGGAUUCUACUAUGUUGCAAGGCAAGUGCUAAACAGAUUGAAAGUAACACCGAAAUCGUUCGAAGACAUUUUAAUCAUGGUAACUUUCAAAGAAACUUUAAUGCCAUUGAAGAUUUUUUCUGGGGAGUUAUGGUAGCUUGUGUAAAGGAAUUUCAGUCGUCGACUUUUUUUCCACCAAGCUAUAUAAUUGAAGAUUAUAAAAAGAAAGAUCAAGAAUAUAGCAAAUUUGUGUUAAAGUGCUUCAAAGAUUGGCUGGACUAUAACAAAACGGACAGCACAUUUGAAUAUUUUUAUUUGUUUUUGACUAAGUUUGGACCUCUUCUGUACAAACUUCGCCAAGCAGUAAGAAUGGGUAAUGGAAAAGCAAGGGAGGCUUGUUGGAUAGAGUUAACACCUAUUUUUGCAGCAUUCAACAAAAAAAACUACAAAACUGAGAGUUUAGUACACAUGCUAAAUUUUACAGCACUUUGGCCCUUAGCCUACAGAGAAAUGUUCCGCCGUAACUGCAGUGUUAAUGUUAAAGGAAAACACGGACAUAACUUUGCAAUUGAUGAAUACAUGGAGACAUUUGUUGUUAAGCCUGUAAAGCUGUAUGGUCGGAAACAAACAACAAUCGAAAUGUUAGGGAAGAUUUGUAUGAACAUUGAACUCCUUGAACAUAUCAAAUCGAUAUACCAACAGAGUUUUGACACCAGUAUAGGAGGGAAAUCUUCUGUACCUGAUCCAACACCAGACUGGAUUAAAGUUGCAUGGUUUGCAAUACAUCAUAAAUGGCUGAUAAAUGCACAAAGAAAGACAGUUAAUUUAUACCCACAUGGAAAGAAAGAACUAAGUGAUCUUGCUAACAUUCCAAAAGAAUGCUUGAAUGUAGAAGAGAGAGGAUGUAACAAGAUUAAAGAGAGUUUUAGUGAAAUGAUAUAUAGACAAUUUCCUACGCAAACGUUCGUAAAUUUUACCAAGAGUACGGAUGGGUCUUCAGGAUAG